AUGCGCAUAGAUAUCACCAGAAAUAGUAUUUACAAGGAGAUAUUCCGUCCGGACGACUGUGUCUAUAUUCCUCUUAUCGAAUACGCUUACUAUUUUAAACUGAAAUUCAAGCUCCCUGCCCUCCGAAGUGAAGGAAAGGAGCUUGAGUAUCUUGAUAAGACGAUCUUCGUUACCAAGGCGUACAGCAGGGCUCGUAAUAGUCCAACCAUAGUUCAGACUGCACUUCUCAUCAACGAUCGCCUCGGUCGGCUUCGCUCAUUCCAGAUAGCCAUAUGCCUCUGGAUUUCAAGCAUCUUUAUGCAGAUAUUCGCUUCGGGAAUCAUAGGGUUGCUUCUCUUUGCGCGCAUCUGGGCCGGCCUCGGUGCCGGUAUCUUGAACGUUGUCUCACCACUCUACCUCUCCGAGAUCCCGAGGAUUGGUCGUCACCGUGCACAUGGUUUCUUCAUCAACUUCGGCGCCAACAAAGGACUGGCCCCAGGUCGCAUGCAGUACCGCCUCGUGCAGGCAAUUCCCCUCAUCCCGGUCGGUCUCGCUCUGGUUGGGUCCUUUUUCCUGUCGGACACCCCACGCUGGCUAGCUUCCAAGGGACGUAAUACGGAAGCCACAGCCGCGCUCGAACGCCUUCGGGAAUCGAGUCAAGAUGAUGAAGGCGUCGCUACAGAGCGCGCUGACAUCCAGGGCCAGGCUCAUCACCAAACUGAGAGUCUGUUGCAGGCAUCUACAUGGACAAUAUUCAAGGAGAUUGCAACUGAUAGCAACUACCCAGAGAGAUUUCUGCUGGGCGCCGUGGUGCAAACGAUUGCUCAAUGGGCUGGAGGGAACGGUAUCACUUUUUACAUCCCUCAGAUUUUCAAAUUGGCCGGCGUGACUAGUUCUGACCAGUCUCUAAUGACCUCUGGGGCGUAUGGGGCCGUUAAGCUCGUGUUCACCAUGUUGUUUGCCUGGUGUCUUGUCGAUAUCUGGGGUCGUAGGAAAACCAUGUUCACUGCUCUCUGGCUGCAAGCCGUGGCACACGCUUGGAUGGCCAUUUACAUGUCGCUCUUCUCAGACGGAUCAAACAAGCAUGCGAGCAACGCAGCCAUUGCCUCUGUCUUCAUCUACGCUGUUGGGUGGUCAAUCGGCCUUUGUAACACCCAGGCAUUGUACGGGACAGAGAUCUACCCAACCCGCAUUCGACCUGUUUGCUACGCGUUUAACAUGAUGCUGCACUGGUUCUUCCAGUUCGCUGUCGUGCGUGUAACGCCGAACAUGUUUGUCGGACUCGGGGUGUCUGGCACAUAUAUCUUUUGGACCUGUGUUUAUGCUGUCGGGAUACUACUAUUGGGCGUAUGGGCCCCGGAAACUAAAGGUGUACCCAUGGAGAGAAUGGAUGAGCUGUUCUCAGGGCCGUGGUACAUUGGGUGGAGAGCAAAUAUCUCCCCUUCAGCCGAUUCGCUUGCGGGAACUGAUACGGGAAAGGAUAUCAAAGAAGUCACUAUCGAGAAGGUAGCUUAG